CUAUCUGACAUUUUCCCCAUGGGAGGAUCAAAACAAGCAGGGAGGUGAAGCUUAGCACGACUGGGAGGCUCGCAUGGAGAUCAACAAGAAAGAGGAUAAAGGAGAAGAUGACACCGCAGGCCCUGAGGGGGAGAUGACAAAGGAGGAUGUUUCAGAGCCUGUUGAAGGCGACACGGUCCUGGGCUGCCGCGCUAGACUCUCUUCUCAUCAGCGGCCAGUGAUCCACCAGGUGGCCUCUGCACCCAUGCCCAGUGACUGUGAGUUCUCCUUCUUUGACCCCAGUGAGCCGCAAUGCAGGGAGGUUCUGUUGGAUCCCAGCACCACCAUACCAGAGCUGUUUGCUGUCCUCAGGCAAUGGGUGCCCCAGGUUCAGAAGAACAUUGACCUCAUCGGCAAUGAGAUCCUAAAGAGAGGCUGUGGUGUGAAUGAUCGAGACGGUCUGACAGAUAUGAGCCUCCUGCACUACUGCUGCAAGGCCGGAGCCCCAGGCAUUGGCGAUGCAGACACAGCAGCGAGCUUUGCUCGGCAGCUCCUCGCCCUGGGCGCGGAUCCAAACCUUCGUUCGCGGUGGACUAACAUGAGGGCUUUGCACUACGCUGCAUACUUCGAUGUGCCCCAGCUUAUCCGUGUGGUGCUGCAGGCAUCCCAGCCUGGAGAUGUUGAUGCCACCUGCAGCGACUUUGAUUUUGGCACAGCUCUGCACAUCGCCGCAUCCAACCUGUGCACAUCAGCUGUCAAGUGUCUCUUGGAACUGGGAGCCAAUCCUGCUUUCAGAAAUGAAAAAGGGCAGUGUCCAGCAGACGUGGUGCCUGAUCCCCUCGACAUGCCUCUGGACAUGGCUGAUGCAGCAGCCAUGGCCAAAGAGCUCCGGACUUUGCUGAGACAAGCAUUACCCAGCUCCCCUUUGCCCCUCACCCUGAAAGCCCAGUCCCUCCCUGCUCUCUCUGAUAAGGCCAGGAUACAGCUCGCCUCCAUGGGAAUCCGUCUAGGUGACCGUGUGAUUAUAGCUGCACAGAAGGUUGGAACUCUGCGGUUCUGCGGCAGCACAGAGUUCUCUGGUGGCCUGUGGGCCGGAGUGGAACUGGACAAACCAGAGGGGAAGAACGAUGGCUCGGUAGCAGGUGUUCAGUAUUUCAACUGUCGAAACAAACAUGGAAUUUUUGCUCCACUGUCCAAGAUAAGCAAACCUUUGGAAAGACAUAAAACCAGCACUACAAAGAAGUCUACACCCGUGCGUCCCCCUCGUCGCAUCGACCUGUCUCGGAUUACUUCCAAGAUUAACACAGGUUUGUCUCCUUCUGUUAAAAACACACCUGAUAAUCAAAAAAGUGCAUCUGGUCCUCAUCAAGACACAGAGGGCGACACCUCAAUCGUAAAGACAGGCGUCCUCUCCCGCUCUCUCUCCUCUUCGUCGUCUUCCCUGGACUCUCGACAGGGACCGGGCCCUCGACCCCGUCCGCUGCCCAGGCAACGGCUUCCUGCCAGGCAACGAAGGGAGCGUGUUUCCCCGAGUCCCAGAACAACACCUUCACCAGCCCUCCGCUCUUCUGCUGGCACCACAGCAGUUAAUACCGCAGGUUUUCGAAGCCGAACCCCCUCAGGUAGCAGCUCCCUGUGUGAUGGCUCUGAGGUGCGCCUCGGGGAGAGGGUGCUGGUAGUCGGUCAGAGAACUGGUGUGGUCCAGUUCUACGGAAAAACCAACUUUGCUCCAGGACUCUGGUUGGGCAUUGAACUGGACAAGCCGAGCGGUAAAAAUGACGGGUCAGUGGGAGGAGUGAGGUACUUCACCUGUCCACCAAAACAUGGAGUCUUUGCUCCUCCGUCUCGCGUUCAGAGAAUCCAUGGAUCUGUUGAUUGCCUUUCAGAGCUCACUUCCUCGCGCCUCAGUCAUCCUCUAAGUGGGACAAUUCGUCGCAGUUUCAGCACAUCAUCGGCCAUCGCCACUCCGAAGGAGACGAACAGAAGAAGCCCUGUUACCAGGAGUCGUUCCAAUCCUCACCGCCGGCGUUGGAGCACCCUCAGUGGGGGCAGUGGAAGUAUUCCUGGAAGCACCGCAGGCUCAAGUCCCUCUCCAAGCUCUGAUGGACAGGUCCGCCUCCACGUGGGCAUGCAGGUCCUGCUGAGCAGCGCCAAUGAGAUGGCAAUCAUCCGUUACCUGGGCACAGCAGACUUUGCCCCAGGCCUUUGGCUGGGUCUGGAGCUCCGAAGCCCCAAGGGCAAGAAUGACGGCUCAGUGGGCGGCCGUCGCUACUUCAGCUGUCGACCCGGCCACGGUGUGCUGGUCCGCCCCAGCCGUGUCACUUAUCGUGGCAUCAAUGGUUCACGCUUGGUGAAUGAAACCAGCUGAGGUCUGUAGGACGCUUUCUGUUUAUGAUCCGCUCAAAGCAAAAAAUCUUUGGUGUAAACUUCUCCAUCAUUGCAUUGUGCUCAAUAAUGUUUUCAGUCAUGUGCUGUUGUAACAGGAAUAAAACCAGUUAGUAAGUACUUAUUUUUUAGGAAUUAAAGAGGACUUGAAAGCACUUUAAAAAGUUAACUUUAAAUUCUAAAUAGAAUUUGUUUGGCAAAAUAGGUAGGUAGGUGAAGGGGUCUAAAUAAGACAUUAAACACUGCACUACUUUAAAUGUAAUUGCACUGACAAACAUUACUAUGAUAGAUUAGAAUAGGAUAAAGUGGAUGUUACGCAUGUCCACGAGUAAAAACGUUUUCUAUACCCAAAGCUAAUUUUGAUCACAUCAAAUGAGAUUUUUAUCAGAUAAUUUAAGUGGUAACAGAGUCCACUAUCUAACCAAAAGAGUGCAUGCGUUUGUGUGUGUAUGUGCGCAUGUUAAUUAAGAGCACUUUGAAACAAGAGAGAAUGAUUGAUUUUUGCCACGGUCGCUAUAUGGCUUACAGAUAAUUGGCGGAUACCGAAUCUAAACUGAAUAUUCACUUUAUGAAUCAAUGAGAAUUAAAAAAGAGAUUUAAUUAAGCUCAGACCUCCAUCAACCUCUGUUAAAAUACAGCUGCAUCAACAGGAACUGUUUCCUCCUGUGUGCAUCAGUGUCCCCCUCAGACUGUCUAUUAAUUUGACGCAGACAAAUGAUGGUUGUAUUGUGCUAUGGCACAGCAAAAAUCUAUACCCAUUUGACUGUGAUUUCAUUAUGGUUGGCAUCAUACUGAUAACACUUUUAAAGAAGUGAUGGUAUUUGGAUAGAAUAAAUCAUAAAUCAAGGAACACACGAGAUGAGUGAAAAGCAGAUUUUAAAGAGACCUUUCACAAUGAGGUUUUAUGUAUGAUUGCUCUGGACUGUAGUGCUAUUUAUUCAUCUUCGAAGCGUCUUUAAUGCUUGUUGGCCAGUUUCGCAGAUAAUGGCUGUAAAAGUGUCUCUUAAAUAGGAUGGAAGUAGAUGGCACUUGCCCUGUGAUGCUUAAAAUGCCAAAUAAUGUACAUCUGAAAAAUGCUCUUUCCAGAAAUCAUUCCAGAAACUGUAUAGUAAGAGUCAUUCAUUCACCUGUUACUAAAGGCUCCUAUCUGUGACAGGAUGUAAACAUUAAUAGUGCCCUCAUCAGUUAAGCCUGUAAUGUUGGCUAUCUGCAUGCUUUCAGUGACUGGCAAAUGUAGAGAAAACAUAAAGUACAGCCUGAGAUGACGGCGAGGGUAACAUGGAGGAUUGAUUGCAUAUGGCUGAAUCUGUAUAUCUAUUCCUCCACAUAGAUAUACUGUGAGUGUUUCAAAUUAUUCAUGAUGAUUUGUAAGAUGUAAGACCGUGCAGUGAUACAUGCAUAGUAAAUAUUAUCCCAACCUUUUCUUUGUUCGGGGAUGUAGAUCUGUACUGUAAAGACACUGAGGUUUGAAUUGGAAAUGCAUAAUUAAAAAUGGUCUCGGAUGCUGCCCAACUAAUGGAAGAGAAUAAGAGUUAAUAAUAUUCAUGAAACUGACCAGGUGUUUGCUCAUAAUUAUUACUGAGUGUCCGUAUUUUCUUCUUUAUUGAUGCAGAAAAAUACUGUCACGAACAGUGUGCCUCGAGUCCAUAAUUAUAGCAUAAUGUGGUAUGCUUCCUCAUUGACCUGUGCAGCGAAGCACAUCCGACGCUUGGUAAGAUUUAGGCUAAUUUAAAAGUUGGCUCAUUUUUUUUAAGUGGAUUGUUUAUUUAAAUACACUUAAUAAUAACCUCCAAAACAAAAUGACUUGUUUUCUAAAUCGGGUUGCUUUUGCUGCGAAAUAGCCUAAUAUUUAAAAAAAUCUGCCAUGCUAACAAAUUCAAGUAGCUUAAUAUGAUUCAGCACCGAUGUGCGGACAAGUACCUGCUUUUUGUUUUUGUUUGUCAGUGUGGGUCUUCAGGAGAAAAUGUUCAGUAGGAGAAAAACAAAAUCUUUCAUGAAACGACUCACAACAAGAUUUGUGAAUGUUUUUGACCAAAAAGGAUAUGCUUUCUGGAAAAUGAUGCUGCAGAUGCUUUUAGUAUUAAAUCUGUUGUGUUUAAGAGAACGUGGACAUUUCCAAAAGAGACACAUGCAAAAAUGGCAAAAAUAUCACUACAGGCCACAGGAAAAUGUACCUUUCUGUUCUCUCCUUCUCCUCAACAUUGUCUAGACUGGUUUUAGCUCCGCUGUGACAGAUUCACAUCUUUUAUCCGUUGGAGGGAGCAUUAAAUCUGUCAGAGCUGUCACACUUUCAAUUUGCAUUAUAACCCGAAUGUGAAAAAGCUCAUUGUGAUUCUAUACUUUGAGCUGACUCCUAUCAUUUUUGAACUGUGUAAUCUGCUAAUGCCAGGUGUUAAAUGUGUGAGAUUUAAAGAGUGUUAGCAAGUGAUCUAAAAGCCCUCUUGAAUGUUCCCAGCUUUGGUAUCUAACAGUAAAAUAUGAUAUCAUUGCAUUUGUAGAGUGAUGAAUGGAGCGUAAUUGUAUUUGAUGCUUAAUUAAAGCGGUGUGACACAGGAAAUAUGCAAUCAUCCAGAAGCUUCAAGCACAGAGUUUACUAUCUGAUUAGAGCCGUGUGAGCAGAGGAGUCAGCGGAGAACAAGCCAUUGAUUGUGCAUGUUGAAAAACAGGCCCAGUAUUCAGUAAAACGCUCAUGUACCAUCCAAUUAGGGCGUGUAUGCCACAGCAGCAGUUGUUGAAUCACCAGUGGCCUUCUCUCAUUGAUCUGUCUGGUCAGGCCCCGUCGUGAUUGAGGAGCAGUGGUGGGUAGACACAAGGUUGUCUGAAAUACCCACCACGGUGGAAAAUAUUCCCACUGAAACAUUUUCAGCGCUUACAAAAAGCUUCUCAUUUACAUUAAGACCACCGCUGUGGUGGUUCCUGCAACAUUUCAGAUCUGAUCUUCAGACUGUGGGUGUUUUCUUUAACUCAAUUCCCUCUACAAAUGUAUUUGAAGUGUGUGGCUGUGUGACACAGGGAUUUGUUCUGAUGCAUUUACAUGUUGUGGGUAAAACAAACAAACAAAACAAAAGUAUUUGUAAAAAUAAAUAAAAGUUUCCAAUUUGA